GGCGAACUGAAAUAAGUGAAUGAUCAAAAUAUAGUACCAAACUUACUUUAGAAUGAAGAUAAGUGAUUAAGAAGCUAUAUAAGAAAUCAUUUUAGUGGUAAACGCUAAUAUACGUUGUAUUUUAGCACCAAAACAUACAAUUUUGGUGUUGUCAAGACUGACGAUGUAGAAGAAGAAUAGUAGUAAUAUGUAGAAAGUUAGCCAUGGAAAUUGAUGCUCCGUUGAGCACGUCGUGGUUUGUCCCUUUGUUUACGCUCUCUGUAGUUAACUUCACGUCAUGGCAUGACCUUGAACAACAACAACAACUUGCACCAUCCAAAUCAACUUGUAAUAAUAUUAGUAUGAGGUGUUUGUGAUUUUUUAUAACACGAGCAGUAGACCUCACGCCUAAGUCUUCGCUCCCACCCAUCUUUUUCCUUCCUCCUUAAUUCUUCAUUAAACACCACCAUCUCCAUCUCCAUCUCCAUCUCCAUCUCCGCCUCUGUUAAUCGACAUGGCUUGUAUGUUUGCGGUUGCUUUAUUAUUAUUAUUGUCAUUAGCAGUGGAAUCUCGAUUCGUGGUGGAGAAGAGCAGCAUCAGCGUGGUGUCUCCUUCCAGUCAGCGGUCGAAACACGACGCUGCCAUCGCCAACUUCGGCGUGCCUAACUACGGCGGCUCCUUGACGGGCACUCUGCUUUAUCCCGACAAGGCCCAGGUUGGCUGCUCCUCCUUCGACGGCGAUAAGCCCUUCAAGCCCCCCAAGUCCUCUCGCCCCACCAUUCUCCUCCUCGAUCGCGGAGAGUGCUUCUUCGCGCUCAAGGUGUGGAACGGGCAGCAGGCGGGAGCCUCGGCUGUUCUAGUGGCGGACACCAUAGACGAGCCCCUCAUCACCAUGGAUUCACCCCAGGAACGCAGCCCCGAAGCCGACGGGUACGUGGAGAAGAUCGGCAUCCCCUCCGCCCUCAUCAGCCGCGCCUUGGGCGACGCCCUCAAGGAAGCGCUCAAGAACGGCGAGGACGUGGUGCUCAAGAUUGACUGGUCGGAGUCGAUGCCCCAUCCCGACGAGAGGGUGGAGUACGAGCUCUGGACUAACAGCAACGACGAGUGCGGCAGCCGCUGCGACGAGCAGAUGAACUUCAUCAAAAACUUCAAGGGGCACGCCCAGAUUCUGGAGAAAGGAGGUUUCACGCAGUUCACGCCACACUACAUCACCUGGUAUUGCCCUCGAGAUUUCAUUCAGACGGAGCAGUGCAAGACGCAGUGCAUCAACCGCGGCAGGUACUGCGCCCCCGACCCCGAGCUCGACUUCAGCCAGGGCUAUCAAGGGAAAGACGUUGUGUUGGAGAAUCUAAGGCAGCUCUGCGUCCACAGAGUCGCCAACGAGACCAACCGCUCCUGGAUUUGGUGGGAUUAUGUUUCUGACUUCCAUAUUAGAUGUUCCAUGAAGCAAAAGAGGUACAGCAAGGAAUGCGCAGAGCAAGUCAUGAAAUCACUCGGUAUCCCGGUUGAGAAGAUAAGCAAGUGCAUGGGUGACCCCGAAGCUGAUACUGAAAAUGAAGUCCUCAAAAUCGAGCAGGAGCUUCAGGUUGGUCAUGGAUCGCGUGGUGAUGUGACCAUCUUACCAACUAUGGUGAUGAAUAAUGUUCAAUACAGGGGGAAGUUGGAGAGGAAUGCAGUGCUGAAAGCUAUAUGUGCGGGGUUCAAGGAGACUACGGAGCCUCCUAUUUGCCUGAGCGGAGAUGUAGAAACAAACCAGUGCCUUGAGAAUAAUGGAGGGUGUUGGCAUGACAAGGAAUCUAACAUAACAGCCUGCAAGGACACGUUCAGGGGAAGAGUCUGCGAAUGCCCUCUCCUAGCAAGUGGCGUUCAGUUUCAAGGAGACGGAUACGAAUCAUGUCAAGCUGUUGGUCCGGGGAGAUGCGCCCUUAACAAUGGUGGCUGCUGGUCUGACACCAAAAACGGAGUCAAGUUCUCAGCAUGCAAGGAAAAUGGUCUCUCAGGGUGCCUUUGUCCAUCUGGCUUCACUGGAGAUGGUCAAACAUGUCAAGACGUGGAUGAAUGCAAAUUAGGGACAGCCUGUCAGUGCGACGGAUGUAGCUGUAAGAACACAUGGGGUGGAUUUGAGUGCAGUUGCAGCGGAGACCAAAUCUACAUAAAGGAGCACGAUACCUGCAUCGAAAGGAGAAGCUCCAAAGUGGGUGGAAUUCUUACCGUUGUGGUGCUAGCCGUAGUGAUGAGUGCUGGAAUAGCUGGUUACAUAUUCUACAAAUACAGGCUACGGUCUUACAUGGACUCGGAGAUAAUGGCUAUCAUGUCGCAAUACAUGCCUCUCGAUAGCCAGCAGCUUGUCCAUCACGACACACAACCAUUGACGCAUUCUUCUUCUUCUUCAGUUUAAGUUGCUGAGUGAUCAUAUCCUGUCCUGUCCCAUACAUUUUCCACACCAUAUUGUUCCUAGAUAUAAACACACAAAAGACUAGUGGUUCUGUACAUAACGUUUUUGAGAUGAUGUAAACCCCCCACACACACAUAGCCUUCAAAGUAUACGAUUUCACAGUUGAGACACCUCUUGUGACUUGUGAUGUAUAUUAAGGGAAAGGUUUUGGUUUCUUGUCA